GAUAUUAGCAUUUACACACGUACAACAAUCGAGAUGGACGGCGUGGUCGGAAUCCUGGUGGCCAUCCUCUGCGUGAUAUUCCCUCCCCUAGGUGUCGUCAUCAUCGCCGGCUGCGGCGCCGACCUGCUCAUCAACGUCCUUCUCACUAUCUGGCUAUGGGUCCCUGGCCUGAUCCACGCCUUCUACCUCCUCUUUGUGUACUUCGACCGGCGCGAGAAAUACAAGAUGGGGCAUCCCCCGCUUCAGCGCGCACCGUUUGUGUUCAGCAACAAGAUCCAGUCGGGAGGCAUGACCUACGGGCGAUUUUGAGAUGGAUCAGCCGCAUCCCGCCUCUAGACUGCGACGUUCAUGGUUUUCGGGAGAGCAGCCGGGUCGACGACACAACUUGUUUCGAGAUCUUUGGGUGGCAACGAGCGAUCUGCUAGUCGCUAGUGGGACGGCCUUGCUCGUGGUGGACGGGACCUUGCCGGCGUCGGAGA